CGGAGCCGGAGCCGGAGCCGGCCGGGCCGUGUGGUUCCGGGUCGGGCGGGAAGAUGGCGGCGCCCAUGGAGCUGUUCUGCUGGGCCGGGGGCUGGGGGCUGCCCUCGGUGGACCCGGACUGCCUGGCCGUGCUGACCUACGCCAGAUUCACAGGCGCGCCGCUCAGAGUUCACAAGGUCACUAACCCGUGGCGAAGUCCCUCAGGGUGUUUACCUGCUCUGAAGACCAAGGAGGAAGGUGUCCUGUCCCAGAUGCACCAGAUCAUCACUCACCUCAGGAAACAGCAAUACAACGCUGACUCUGAUCUCUCUGCGAGACAAGGGGCAGAUACACUAGCCUUUGUGUCUCUGCUAGAGGAAAAGCUGCUACCUGUGUUGAUUCACACGUUUUGGGUGGACACAAAGAACUAUGUGGAGCACACGCGGAAAUGGUACACGGAGGCCAUUCCCUUCCCGCUCAACUUCUUCCUGCCCAACCGCAUGCACAAGCAGCAUCUGGAGCGGCUGCAGCUGAUCUGGGGGGAAAGCUGCUUGGAGGACGAGGAGGAGCUGGAGAAGGAAAUGUACCGCGAAGCCCAGGAGUGCCUGACGCUCCUGUCUCAGCGCCUCGGGGACCAGAAGUUCUUCUUUGGAGACUCCCCUGCUUCCCUGGACGCAUUCGUCUUCAGUCAUCUGGGGCCUCUUUUGAAAGCCAAGCUGCCCAACGGGAAACUGCAGCAGCACCUGAAGUCCCUGCAGAACCUGUGUGACUUUUGCUCCUCCAUCCUCAGCCUCUACUUCCCCUGGGACGGAGGGGACGCCCCCUCCAGCGCCCCCAAGACAUCUGCCUCCGAAGGGACCGAGUCUGAGGAGGAGCCCUACAAACGGCGCAAGCAGAUCUUGUCGGUGCUGGUGGGACUGGCGGCGAUGAUUGGCUAUGCCUUCCUCAGCGGGAUCGUCUCCAUCCAGCGGGGCCCUCCUGGGGCUGCCGGCCCCCGGCCAAUAGCCUUGGAGGAGGAGGAGGAAGAGGAGGAGGAGGAGUGAGGCUCUGGUCUUGGGGCUUUGGUUCUCACUCCUCUCAGUAUCACUUGAACUGACUCUUUUUACAGUGCUGGGUGUGCCUAGUCUGAUUCCUGCAAACUGCCCCUGUGUCCCGGCAGGAUCUAGUGGCCCUGUUCAGUCUGGAUCCUGGCGCUGCUACAAACACCAGCCCAGAUUUCUAGACUGCGUCGCAAGCAGUCUGCCUCCCCCUAAUAAACCUGGAGCGCCCCCUGACGGGCAUCUGUCUGUG